GAAAACGGAGGAAAUGCCUCAGCUGCUUCGCGAUUAGGAAAGUAUCUAUCUAUCAGCGGACAGCGGAGACCGAUCACGAAUAGGAGACUUUCUCUCUCUCAAAUUUCCCAUCACGCACGCCACAACUCAAAUAUACAAUUAUCAUUGCCUUGCUUCUUCCCCUUGAUCCAACUCCGGCUUCCCAUUUGCUUAGGGGUUUACAGUGAAGAGAGACAGAAAGUAUCAUAAUAUGAAGAAUUAAGGGUUGGGCUGUGAGUAGUUUUGCAUAGUUUUGAAGGGACUUCUUUCAAAAGAUUUUUUUUUUUUUCGGUGUUGGGAGGAUUUCAGAACUGGGUUGUCUAGUUUUUUGGCCAAAUUGAGGAGUAAUUGACUUAAGCUGUGAAGGUGAUUUUAGGGGCUUGAUUGAUAUAUUUGGAAUUUUAUGAGGUUUUUGUGAAGAAAGGAUGUAUAGCAAUUUUAAGGAGCAGGCAGUAGCAUAUGUGAAGCAAGCGGUUGAGGAAGAUAAUGCUGGGAAUUAUGCAAAGGCCUUUUCUUUGUAUAUGAAUGCAUUGGAAUAUUUUAAGACUCAUUUAAAGUAUGAGAAGAAUCCAAAGGUUAAGGAGGCAAUUACCCAGAAGUUCACUGAGUAUUUGAGGAGGGCUGAGGAGAUUCGGGCAGUUCUUGAUGAGGGAGGGGGUAAUGGACCUGCAGCAAAUGGAGAUGCUGCUGUUGCAGCGCGACCAAAGACAAAGCCAAAGAAUGGAGGAGGAGGAGAUGGGGAUGAUUCGGAGAGUUCAAAGUUAAGGGCAGGGCUGAAUUCUGCAAUAGUAAGAGAAAAGCCUAAUAUUAAGUGGAAUGAUGUUGCAGGGCUAGAGAGUGCCAAGCAAGCAUUGCAGGAGGCCGUGAUAUUACCGGUUAAAUUCCCACAGUUUUUCACUGGAAAGCGGCGACCAUGGAGGGCUUUCCUACUGUACGGUCCACCUGGAACAGGAAAGUCAUAUCUAGCAAAAGCUGUUGCUACAGAAGCUGAUUCAACCUUCUUCAGUAUUUCUUCUUCAGACCUUGUUUCAAAAUGGAUGGGUGAAAGUGAAAAGCUUGUCUCAAACUUAUUCCAAAUGGCUCGAGAAAGUGCUCCUUCCAUUAUUUUCAUAGAUGAAAUUGAUUCAUUAUGUGGCCAACGUGGUGAGGGCAAUGAGAGUGAAGCUUCAAGGCGCAUAAAAACCGAGCUCCUUGUACAGAUGCAGGGUGUUGGAAAUAAUGAUGAAAAAGUUCUUGUUCUUGCGGCAACGAACACUCCUUAUGCACUGGACCAGGCUAUUAGGAGGCGAUUUGACAAGAGAAUAUAUAUCCCUCUACCAGAUUUGAGGGCAAGGCAACACAUGUUUAAGGUACAUCUGGGAGAUACUCCUCACAACUUAACGGAAAGUGAUUUUGAGCAACUAGCCAUAAGAACAGAUGGUUUUUCAGGUUCUGACAUCUCUGUGUGUGUAAAUGAGGUUCUGUUUGAACCAGUUCGUAAAACUCAAGAUGCCGAGUUCUUCAUCAAGACUCCUGAUGGAUUAUGGGUGCCUUGUGGACCUAGACAACCAGGUGCCAUUCAGACAAACAUGCAAGAACUUGCAGCUCAAGGUUUAGCAUCAAAGGUAACACCACCACCAAUCACCCGAAGGGAUUUUGACAAAGUGCUGUCGAAACAGAAGCCAACUGUGAGCAAAUCAGAUCUUGAAGUGCACGAAAGAUUCACGAAGGAAUUUGGUGAGGAAGGAUAAUUGGUUUUCAAGUCUGGGAAGAUUAUUUCCUUUUACUGCUGGUGAAACUUGUAUUUAUGAUACUGAGCUCUAUCACUUUCAAUAAUACUAUCAAGAGCUGUACCAUGAGGAAGUACUCAUUCUCAAAUAGAUUUGGUGGUAAUGAACAUUGUACAUUAAUGUGGUGUUAUUUUGUCUUGAGCUAUCCUGUGGAGGGCUUUAUGGAUAGAAUGUGUACUUUAUAUUUGUAAUCAAUUUCAAACAACUACAUCUUAAUAUGUUUAUAUAAAAACAAGAAUGGUGAUAUUAUUAUCUUGGAAA